AAGGAGAUUUUUACUUAGAAAAAGGGAACUGACGCUCGAUGCAUUCAAUAGGCUACUUGGAAAGCAGAGCCAGUAAAAACCUAGGCAUCCCUGUCUGUUCAGAGGUUUACGCAUAAAAUAAAAGAAGACCAACAUUCACCUUCCUACAUUUCAGACUAGCCCAUGAUGGGGAUUUAAGGGAUAAUGAAACACACCAGCCCUACAUUUGGAGAUUCAAAAGAAAGCAAUAAAAGUAGAAGACAACUGAAAAGAAGAACAUGAACAACUCUGACCCCAUUGCAGAUGUGAAACAGUGUUAAAUAUUCUUUCCGUUUCUUUAAGAAAAAAAUAAAGAUGGAUAACAGCAGUAAAUUUGAAACACCAACCAACAUAUCACUGAUUAACAGUGCAGACCUUGUGUUCAGGUCAAUAGAAUAUAAAACAGUCUCUGUGUUUUUGGUUUUGUUGAUAUGUGGAAUGGGAAUUAUCGGAAACAUAAUGGUGGUCCUAGUGGUUUUGACUACUCGCCAUAUGAGGACCCCAACCAACUGCUAUCUUGUGAGUUUGGCUGUGGCAGAUCUCAUGGUUUUGGUGGCAGCAGGGCUACCUAACGUCUCUGAGAGUUUAGCAGGAACUUGGAUUUAUGGGCAUGCUGGCUGCCUUGGCAUUACGUAUUUUCAGUACCUUGGAAUAAAUGUAUCCUCCUGCUCAAUCACAGCUUUUACAGUUGAAAGGUACAUAGCUAUCUGUCAUCCAAUGCGGGCUCAAACUGUGUGCACCGUGUCCAGAGCCAAACGAAUCAUCGCCUUUGUUUGGGUGGUGACAUCAGUCUACUGCAUGUUAUGGUUUUUCCUGGUAGACAUCAACAUAAACAAAGACAUGAAUGUGGAAUGUGGCUACAAAGUGUCUCGAGAUCUCUACCUGCCCAUUUAUCUCAUUGAUUUUGCCAUCUUUUAUGUGACCCCAUUACUUGGGGCAAUUGUAUUGUAUGGGCUUAUUGCAAGGAUCCUCUUCCUUGGUCCUAUUCCUAAUCGAGCUGACACCAACACCACAGAGCGCUGGAAAGAUAAAAGUGUAAAGGAAAAAAGCAGAAUGGAUUCAGAAAGCAGCAAAGGCAGCAAUCGACCACGAACCAAAGGAGCUCUUUCUUCAAGGAAACAGGUUACAAAAAUGCUAGCAGUGGUGGUGAUCCUUUUUGCUUUACUGUGGAUGCCCUAUCGAACGCUGGUACUAGUAAACUCAUUCAUUGAAAAGCCCUACUUGAAUGCCUGGUUUCUAUUGUUUUGCCGACUGUGUAUAUACACUAAUAGUGCCAUCAACCCUGUUGUAUAUAACCUGAUGUCCCAGAAAUUUAGAUCUGCUUUUAAAAAACUUUGCAAAUGUAAAGAGGAGGAAAGUCAAAGGCGAACCAUUUAUUUGGCUCCAACGAAUUGCAGCAUGGUUCGUGAUGGAGUCACAGCAAGCUCUGAGGUAAAUGGAACAAAAGCAGGACAGACCCAGGGACAACAGACAAAAGGUGGACAUCUCCCAAAGAUGCAAACUGUGGUCAAAAAAGAUGAUGAGAUUUACUUUAGCGUAGUUUAACCUUUCCACCGUAGAGACAUGUAUUCUAGCUUUUUAAACUGUGGUCAAAAAGCAAGAAGUAUUGGUUCAAAAGCAUGGUAAGAGGUUAAUAUAGCUCUCAAAGAUCUGAAAAUGAUUAAGAAGGCUGAAGAUGUGGUUUUGUUUUUGGUAUUAAAUAUUUAUUUAUUUCUUCUUGAACAAUCUGUAACUUGUAAAGCUGCUUUAAACAUAAGCAAGAUUUUUUUGGAAUUAUAGUUGCCAUCCAAACACAAAGUGACACCAGAACAUUUUAUAUUUGGAUAUUACAAAUUCUUGUUAAGCAAAAACUGCUAAUUUUCACAUAUUGAAGGAAAGGGAUGUUAAGAAUAUGCCAUUUUUAAACCAAUUGAUUUUUCUUUAAUGGCAUCCCAUCUCGUGAUAAGAUCCUGCCUGACUGCCACUGAUGUCUAGAUCAGUGCUAGCUUCUGGUGGAAAUAAAGCAGGCACAGAAAAUACAUGGAUGGUAGAAUGUAUAACUUAGAAGACAGCAUUCAUUUCAUUGAUGGUACUUUUUCACAUUGAUGCUCAGAAGAAUCUACAGUCAGCAUUAUAGAAUGUUUGCUAUAUUCUAAGACAUUUCUUGGUAUGCUAUUUUAUAGUCUUACAAUAUAAUAAAUUACAUUUUUGUUUUAUGUGUCAAACAUUUCAAUGUUGUUGAAGACCUUUCAAAUUAGCGUAAUACAUGUUCCAACACUUCCAACUUUAACUUUCAUAAUUCUUUGUUAAGAGCAGGUUGAAUAAUGUGCUCCUGAAUAAUAUGGUCCCGAAUGUGCUCUUCUUUUAUUUAUGAAGUGUGUUAGUUCAAAUAUCUAGUUUAAGUAACAAUUUGUUUUGAAAGAAACAAAUGCCUCAUCGGUUCAGUUAAUGUUUCAAAUUUUCCAGUAAAUAUUGUAACAAAAACUAAAUCACUAACCAGAAAAAGGCAUCAGGAAUUUAAGAACAAACUUCUACAUGAAAAGUUAUUUUCUUUAACCUUUAACACAUAUGACAGGAAUAUUGGUUCGUAAUGUUUGGGUGCAGUCCUGUAUAUGCCACCAUCAUGUACUGCAGUGCCAUAAUAGGAUUACCUGGCACAGAUCAAAACUAAACCCGCAAAAAAGGAUGGAAUGUCACAAAAUAACAAUAUUUACAGAAAUUCCAACAAUUAAAUGUAACACCCAAAAAUGCAACUAAAGGAAUCAGAUGAAAGUCCAAUAAGUUUCCAACACUUUUUAAGUUGCCUAGCAACAUCAAUCACAUGGGAGGGAGGCGGGAGGAGUGUGGGUCUUUAGGAGAUUACUAGUAUUACCUUUUUGCUCACUUGUUGUCUCUCCUGAGCGGUGGUAUUUCUACUGUAUUUGUGAACAUGUGUUUUUUUUUUUCAAAUAAACUGAACUUCCCUUUUUUGAAAACUUCCCAGUUACCAUGUUUGGAUUUGACAAUCAGCUUGUUUUCCA